UUUUUUAUUGUUAUCGAUAAGUAGUACAUACAAAUGUAAUCGAAAAAGAAGAAGACUUAAAUAAACACACACUUAAUCACUUGGUAGAAUAUAUGGAAAAAUGAUUGUGUUUCGUAGAACUUUCAUAACUUCAAUUAACCUUCAGAAAAGAAGUGGUUAUGGCCGAAAAUCUCUUCCUGGGUUACAGCGCCAGAUAUCUGUACAUGACGAAGUGGAUGUGGUUGAUGAAAUUGAACGAAAUCCCGAAGGAUUUGGUGAUUUAGAAUCGGACUUGCUUAAUGUUCAUAAAACGCACAAGCGCUUUGAGCAAGAACUUGAGGAUCACAAAGACAGAAUAAGGAAAUUCGUUGUGAAAUCGAAAUAUUUUCGGGACGCAAAAUUACCAAAUUUUUUAACAUACGCGGAAAAGCAGCAAAUAAAACACCUGCACGAAAGUGAUUCUGAACAAUGGACAGUAGAGGCAUUGUCGGAAAGUUUUCCCGCAAAUUGUGAAAUAAUAAAAAAAAUUAUAAAAUCCAGGUGGAAACCGUUCUCAAUAAAGUCUCACGAUGCUUCUGUUUUUAGAAAUUGGGAACUUUUUAAAAAGGGCAGUAUAAAAGUUCCAGCAGAUUUGGAGGUUCAUUUAAAAAAGUUUUGCCAUAGAAAUGUACAACAUUCACCCAACGUAGCUAGUUUUGAAAAGCAUGUUAAUGCACCAUCAUCCACAGAAUUCUCUUCCAUUGUUAAAAUAAGUUCGCAAAGUAAAAGGAGUGAUGGGCCAAAGGUCUUACCACUGUGUAGUGGAAAUGAUGAAGACACGGUAUUACUUGGCAAAGUACUAGAUAAAAAAUAUAUGCGUUUCACAGAUUUGAAGAAAAAUAGAUCAGAAACAGAAGGUACUGAUGUUAUUGGAAUGAAUGGCGUUGAACAGACAAGUAGUAGCAGCUUACCAAAUCCAACUGUUACAGCUGACAAUUUUUCUCUCCGAUUGUCGGAAUCAUUUUUAAAUGAAAUUGAAAUCAGCAACGAAGACCGGAAACGGUUUGAGGUUUCACGAGUGAAGGAUCAACCAUUUCAGCCGUAUUCAUAUUCCACGGAAAAUAUUUAGGAAAGGGUCUAUUUAUCGUGUUGAUGACUCGUAUUAUGAUGAUGAUGGAGAGUUUCUUUAUCGUGUACCUGGUAUGACCAAAAUUUAAGGAAAGGAAUUGUUCAUAUAUUUUCAACAUUUUAGACAUAUGUGUUAAUUAAUUCAAAUAAAAGUCUGUUAUUGAAAGUAA